GCUGUAAAGCUUACACACGUGUCUGUGUACUAUGCCGUCCCCAAAGAUCUCUGGUAACUUGGGUGGUUUUACAAUUGUAUUGACCUUUACUGUAUUUUGAAAGACUCAAACAAAUAGAGGCAACACUGAAACUGGCUAUCCGCAGAUAAUGAAACGGGCAGAGGAGGGAAAGGACAAAUAUUUACCCUUCUCUAAACCCUUUCUGGUGCAGUAAUCUGAAGUGUUGCUUAGAAUGAUAGGCAGCGAGGGUCGUGAUCCCUGCAUGGGAUGGGAACAUGGGGGUCUCUUGUUGACCCAGAUUGAUAGCAAGUGUUGGAAUCCUGCUGGGAGAUGCUGACUCAUAAUGGCAGAUGUGACUCCAUAACUCCACCCUUGACAAAGAACUGGAGGGAGGAAGGGAGGAGAGAGAAUGUAGGAACUGCUGAGUUCUUGGAGAAGUGGCUUGGCUCGAGGCUUAUGUCGUCGGUUUGCGCCAGAAUCGUCCAGCUGCUGGGCCAGAAUGAGGUGGAUUAUCGCCAGAAGCAGGUGGUGAUACUGAGCCAAGACAGCUUCUACCGGGUCCUCACCUCUGAGCAGAAGUCCAAGGCGCUCAAGGGCCAGUUCAACUUUGACCACCCAGAUGCCUUUGACAAUGAGCUCAUCGUCAAAACGCUCACAGAGAUCAUGGAAGGGAAGACUGUCCAGAUUCCUGUCUAUGACUUUGUCUCCCACUCCAGGAAAGAGGAGACGGUGACGGUGUACCCUGCUGAUGUGGUCCUCUUCGAGGGCAUCCUGGCCUUCUACACUCAGGAGGUCCGGGACCUCUUCCGGAUGAAGCUGUUUGUGGAUACAGAUGCAGAUACCCGGCUAUCCCGCAGAGUGUUACGAGACAUCAGCGAGCGAGGCCGGGACCUUGAGCAGAUCUUGUCUCAGUACAUUACCUUCGUCAAACCAGCCUUUGAGGAGUUCUGCUUGCCAACCAAGAAGUAUGCGGACGUGAUCAUCCCCCGGGGGGCGGAUAACGAAGUGGCCAUAAACCUGAUCGUGCAGCACAUCCAGGACAUUCUCAACGGAGGACACAGCAAGCGCCAGACCAACAGCUUCCUGAACGGCUACACCCCGCCGCGCCAGAGGCAGCCUUCCGAGUCGAGUAGCCGGCCACACUGACCCCAGACCCUGGGGUGAGGUUGGGGGUGGAUGGUGGUUGGGCUUUGCUGCAGCCGAUCUGUGCAUACUGAGUCCGCUCGCCCCCUGGCCCCCAGAUAUUUAAGAAACCGGAUGGAGACACAUGCCUUUAAUUUUGUAUCUUGGAAACGAAAGAGGAGCAGCUGGGCACCCCGGAUCCCAGGUGCUGUGGGGAGGCCGACCGCUGGCUUUGU